ACGAUAAUUGAAGAAAUGUCUGAAGAGGAAUAUCAAAAACAGGUUCAAUCGCUGAUAACUAAAAAGUUAGAAAAGCCGAAAAAUUUGACUCAAGAAGCACGCCGAUAUUGGGGACAUAUAGAUUCGGGAUAUUAUAAUUUUGACCAAGUUGAAAAGGACGUUUCCGAAAUACGCAAAAUCACCAAAUCUGACCUUUUGGAAUUCUAUAAAACUUUAAUUUGUCCGUCAUCGCCAGUUCAAAGGAAACUAUCUGUUCAUAUGCGAUCACAGAAAUCUGCUCAGACAAAAAGAUCGGUUCAAAUUGAAAUCAACGAUCUUCAUACCUUUCUUAUCGAACAAGGUCUAAACAUUAAAGUUGAAGAGUUGACGACAUUUUUCUCAUCGAAAGAAUUGAUCAAUGGUCCGAAACUUGAAGAUUUACUGAGAGAAUUCUUAGUUGAACAUAAUAAACUUAAGAAAGAUGAAAUCGAAGAUCUGAUAAAGAAUGUUACAAAAUUAAAUUCGGAGAAGGACGAGGGUGAUCCUAAGUUGGAAAUGGAUCAGGAGAAUGAGUUGAUAGAAGACGUGAUUGCGUGGAAGAGAAACAUGAAAUUGGGUCCUGCCGCUGUUCCGGUUGUAUAUUUUAGUGAAUUUGUGAGCAAGUUGUAG